AUGACUCUCUCAAAAAACUAUAAUAAAUCUACCCAAGAUGUCAAUCAACCAAUCUUGAUAAUCGAAAACUCUAGUGAUUCCUGGCUGGAAGAUUUUUUAAGGGAAUAUAAUGUUAAAGUCGUUUAUGGUUUUCCAGAUACAAACGCAAAUCAUAACAAACUCUUAACCCCUAAACUUGUGCGUGAUACUUUACGCGGUAAAAAGCUUCAAGUCAAAGAACCCUUGUCUUUGCUUAGCCGUAAUGAAAUUAUUGUCAAGUUGCUGCGCUUUGUUCUCAAGGAUAAGGCUUAUUAUGACCUUAUAGGUCUACCCCUCGUACCUGUUUUAAAUGAAUCGCAUGCAGCCUUUGGUGAUAAAAAGUACUAUCUUGCAAAUUGUUCGGAACGAAGGUUAUUCCCAAAAUAUGGUCCCAAUGUAUUCGUCGACGAUACUAUAGACCAAGAUAUGAAAGAGAUCUUUUUGAAUGAGGAUUUUCAAAAAGCCAACAAGAUUCAUUUUUUUGAUUUAAAUGGUUUUAAGAAAAUUCUGAAACAUGAAUUGUCUAAACGACCAAGUUUAGAAUGGGAUCCCGAUUCUCAAUCCAUUCCCAAUAGACAUUGGUUAAAAGCAAUUUGGGACCGUAUCUUAGAUUUUAAUUGUGAUUUAAAAUCAUUUGAUAAUUAUCCUCUUCUUCCCGCUGUCAAACCUGCUCCUCCUGAUAUUGUUUCUAAACAUCACCUUCUUGCUUUAAAUUCAUCAAAUCCAUUGAUUCGCCAUCCUUUUAACUUUAACUAUGAGCCUAUGGCAGUUGUUCUUGAAAAAAUUGGCGUUCACUUUACGGACUUUCGUAAAACUGAACAAUUAAAACCGUAUAUCCUUGACUGGAAUCCACAGAACGUGUUGCGGAUUAUCGAGAAAUUACGAAAAUUUAAGGAUUUAUCAAUGGAAAGAUUUCUUAAACCUCUGGAUUCGGAGAAUAGAGAAUCGUUUAGGAAAUUUAUAAUGGAUAAUUGGUUCGAAUUUGUAUACACACGAAGAAAAGUACAAAAAGAGUUUUACGAUAUACUACGACAAUUACCAAUUUGGCCUACUCAUUCUAAAGAGAAACCUUACGAAUCUCCUAAAAACGGAUGCUUGCUUCCUAAAGGUCUCGAAUUUUAUUCACCAUUAGGAGCAGACGGUAAUUAUUUUGACGUCGAAUCAGAAGAAGGGUGGUUAGCCUUGAAUAUGUUGAACGUUCCUGUUAUAAGUUUAAAUACUUUUAUUACUGGCGUGUGUUAUCACAUCAAGUGUGUUAAUCCGUCGGACCCAAAGUAUAUGAAAUUCAUUAGUAGUUUAUUGAGACUUCCAUUGUAUAUGAUCCCUGAAUCUCUUGAGCGUUUUAGUAUUAUUCCCAAUGAAUCUUACACAAAGUUGAUGAGGGCUAGCGAGUUAUAUGACCCUUGUGAAGAAUUAUUUAGGGAGGUAUUUGCAGGAUCCGAUCGAUUCCUUCCAGUGGAACUUAGAAGCGGAUGGGUUCUAGAUGGUCUCAUGAAAUUGGGGCUUAAUAGUGUAACGGACGGAAAAUCAUUUAUCCGUGUUGCGGAAGAAAUCGAGAAUUUAUCGCGUAUGCCUUUGCCUCCAGGGAAUUUGCAUGAACGUGCAAAAUUGGUGGUCCGUCAUUUUUACUAUCACCUAACUGAUUUAGGUUUAACCGGUGAAGGUUGGGAAAAAAUUUCUCAGAUUAAGUUUGUUACCUCGAAACCUGUUGAUCCUCCUUUCCUUGAAACGGCAUAUUCAAGGGUCCCUGAAUUGCAUAGUUUUAGUUCACUUCGUUUGCCCAAAUUUAAAAAUAUUUGUUGGACACAAUGUCCAAUUUAUGAUGAUGAUGUUUUACCACAAUACACCGUCAACAAUAUAUUCCCUGAAUUGAGCGAAGUUGAAACUCAAGUUGUUGUAGAUCAUCUUUAUACCAUAAGGGACAUUGUAAGAGCAGAUGUAUCAGAGUGGAAAUCUUCCGGAUUAUCAGAAUUACUUCAUACAGUCUUUCUUCAAAUAUAUCAACAUUUGGAUCAGGAUCCAAUGGUACAAACAUAUUUAAAUUUAAAAUUGAAGGAAGAUCCUAACAUCUUUCUCAAUGGCGAGGACGUAUUUGAUCCCUAUAAUUGGGUAUCUGCGAAACAGUUGGUAUUGAACAUUGAUGAAGAUAUCAAUUCAAAGAAUAGGGCGGUGAACGUUCAUCUAGUACCUUUUAAAAGGUUACUUCGAAUUUGUGGAGUGCAAGAAAUGAAAAGUCCACAGAUAGACAUGGAAAUUCCCGGUGCAUAUUCACAACGGGAUAAGAUUGCAAUAUCAUUUGCCAGAUUCUUGGACGAACAAUCUAAUUCAUCCUACAAGGAUGGAAUACAAAGGUUCCAUGAUAUUUUCUUUCACAUUCGUGGUGAAGUGAUCGGGUCUAGUCGCUACGUGUUGGCAGCUUCAGCUAAUUACUUUGAAAGAAUGUUCACCUCGGGAACGAGGGAAUCUAACCCGCGAGAAUCGGUCCAUGUUAACAUUGAUGAUAUAGGACCUGAGGCAUUCCGCGUUAUGCUGAAAUGGUUGUACGGCAGAAGUCUUGAAGACGCGCUAUUAGAUAUCAAGAUGCCACCGUUGGCUGAUAAGAUAUCCUUUUAUUUGGAAAUCUAUAUUGAUUUAUUAAAUGCUUGUGAAAAGUAUGACUUGCAAGAAUUGAAAAGGCUUAUUGAACAUCAGAUCGUUAAGAGUGAUUUAAUUAAAGCUCAAAACGUUCUUGAGGUUAAGAAAUGGGCUGAAACAUACAAUGCAAUGCAACUCUUUUCAUAUUGUAAAAAUUUUAAGGAGGUGAAUUUAACUCUUUUGAUCAGGCAUCGCUAUGUAGAUUUACUUUAUAUUGAAGGUGAUGAGUUAUCUGAUACACUGGAUGAAUAUGAGGAUGAGCUUGGUGGCUUAUAUUGUGACAAAGAAGAAAGUGAUUCUUGUGAUUGGAACCUUAAUGCGGAACUAGAUGAUUUCGAGAAGAAUUGUGGUUGGUAA